AUGGUUUCGGCCGGACAGCUCUGCUUUUCCGCUCUUCCGCUUUUACUUGCCGCCUCCAGGACGGUUGUCGGUUCUGAGCUUUCCGACAAUCUCGUGUCCCGAUCCGAGCUUGACGCCCGGGACGACCAGGGCCAUCUCGACACCCGUGACGAUGACGUCGACCUCGGGCUGCGCAUGAACGACGAGGAUGAUUUGUUCCUCCAGUUGCGCGAGCUAGCGACGCCCGAUCUGCUCGAAACGCGGGCGUCGAAGGCAAAGGCCGCGGCGAAGAAACCCGCUGCUUCCUCGAAGAAGCCGGCGGCAACACCAAAGAAGGCCGCUGGCGGAAAGAAUAGCGCUGCUAGUAAGCCUGCUGCGGGUAAGAAGUCGCCUGCUUCCAGUAGUAAAUCAGCCGCUGGCAAGAAGACUGGCACCAGUAAGAAGUCAACGUCUGCUGGCAAGAAGUCUCCUGCUUCCAGUAAGAAAGCAGCCGAUGGGAAGAAGUCAACGUCUGCCGGCAAGAAGACUGGCACCAGUAAGAAGGCAACGUCUGCCAGUAAGAAGGCUGGCGCUAGCAAGAAGACUGGUACCAGUAAGAAGACUGGCACUAGUAAGAAGGCCGGUGCCAGCAAGAAGACUGGUGCCAGCAAGAAGACUGGUACCAGUAAGAAGACUACUGGCGGAAAGAAGUCAACUACUGGCGGAAAGAAGUCAACUACUGGCGGAAAGAAGUCAACUACUGGCGGAAAGAAGACCGGCAUCAGUAAGAAGUUAACUGGUGCUGCCAAGAAGGCUACUGGUGCUCUCAAAAAGGCUACCGGCGGAAAGAAGUCAACUACUGGUGGAAAGAAGAACGGCAUCAGUAAGAAGUUGACUGGCGCUGCUAAGAAGGCUACUGGUGCACUCAAAAAGGCCACUGGCGGGAAGAAGUCAACUACUGGCGGAAAGAAGUCAACGGGUGCUGGCAAGCAGACUGGUACUAGCAAGAAGGCCACUGGCGGACAGAAAUCAACCAGUGGUGGAAAGAAGACUGCCGCAAGUAAGCCUGCUGCUGGCAAGAAGCCUGCUGCUGUUAGUAAGAAGACUGGUACCAGUAAGAAGUCUGCUGGCAGAAAGUAA